UGGUGUGCCAGUACAAGCCAGAGGAGCGCCACCUGAGUGACAGACCGUUUUACUGAGGGAAGUCCAGCACUUGCUCCAAUAACUUGCUGCGAAGAUGUAUACUAUUACUACUUUAGCCUUUCUUGGUUUUCUUGUCGGGAGUUCGUUGGCGAUGCCUGUUCCGGAGCCUACUCUGACCGCCGAAUUGGACGUACAAAGCACAGUGUACAUGGUGACAGAAGAUGCAACGGACGAUGCUGUAGACGAUACAACGGCGUCCGCAUCUCUAGCUACAGAGGCUGGAACAACGUCCACACCUCAGGCCACGGAAGCUGCUGUAGAAAGUACAACAACGUUCACACCUCAGGCCACGGAAGCUGCUGUAGACGCUACAACAACGUCCACACCUCAGGCCACGGAAGCUGCUGUAGACGCUACAACAACGUCCACACCUCAGGCCACGGAAGCUACUGUAGAGCCUACAACAACGUCUACACCACAGGCCACGGAAGCUGCUGUAGACGCUACAACAACGUCCACACCCCAGGCCACGGAAGCUGUAGAAGCUACAACAACGUCCACACCUCAGGCCACGGAAGCUGCUGUAGACGCUACAACAACGUCCACACCUCAGGCCACAAACGCUGCUGUAGACGCUACAACAACGUCCACACCUCAGGCCACGGAAGCUGCUGUAGAAGCUACAACAACGUCCACACCUCAGGCCACGGAGGCAGCUACAGAAUCUACUAAGGUCCCAGAGACCACCACAUCUAAAGCGUUCAGUUGUGACGGAAAGGAGCCCGACCUGUACUCGGACCCCGACGACUGCACGAAGUAUUACGAGUGUGUCCGCGGGUUUGCCGACCCCUUCCACCGGUCGUGUGCGCCGGGCGGUCCCGUGUUCGACCCCGAGAAAAAGUACUGUGACUGGCCCGAAAACGUCGCCCUUCCUUGCGGGGUCUUAGCCGAUACUCAGGACAAUGCCGAGGAAGAUGCUGCGAGGACCUCCACAGCUCAGACCACGGAAGCUGCCAUAGAAGCUUCAACAACGUCCACGGUAGAAGAUGCUGCGAGCGCAUUCACCUGCGAUGGUAAGGCGCCCGGAGUCCACCCUGACCCUGAGGACUGUGGGAAGUUUUACCAGUGCGUGACCGGACAUCCCGAGCCCUACCGACGCGACUGCCCGGCGGGGGGUCUGGUGUUUGACGUUGAACUCCAAGUCUGCAACUGGCCGUGGACGGUGCCUGCGCCUUGUGGGACGUUGCCUGAGGAAUUUCGAAACCGCCACUGAUGCCACGGAGCGAAAAUCACAUCGCACGUUCAUGCCGCUAUUAAUGCUAAGAUCGGUAUACGUAGAAUAAUCCCGAUCAAAUUGCACGGUAUUUGUAAAAUUCUUGUUAAUAAAGAGACAUGCUACUGCUGCUUGUAAAGUACGAUAGUGUAAAUACGUACUACUAAGUUAUUGCAUUAGAUGCAAUGUUUUUAUACACUCUUUGAUGGAAAUAAGAUAAAGAUCUGAAUGGAUUAAAGAAAGGC